UUUCUUCAUUUUACUCCGCCAAACCAAAACCCUUCAAUUCACUCAAUUCCUUUCCUUUUUUCGAAGUUUCGAUUUUCUUCAUUCGUCACUUGUUUCAUUGAUGGCGCCAAAGGCAGAGAAAAGGCCAGCGGAGAAGAAGCCGGUGAUGGCGGAGAAAAAGCCGCCGAAGGCGGAAAAGAAGAUUCCCAAGGAAGGCGAUGCGAAGAAGAAGAAGAAGGUGAAGAAAAGCAUCGAGACGUACAAGAUUUACAUAUUCAAGGUUUUGAAGCAGGUGCAUCCUGACAUUGGUAUUUCUAGCAAGGCUAUGGGAAUUAUGAACAGUUUCAUCAAUGAUAUUUUCGAGAAACUUGCAAUGGAAUCCUCUCGUUUGGCUCGAUACAAUAAGAAGCCGACAAUCACUUCUCGUGAGAUCCAGACGGCGGUUAGGCUGGUUUUGCCUGGUGAACUGGCGAAACAUGCUGUUUCUGAAGGCACCAAAGCGGUCACCAAAUUCACCAGUUCUUAGGUUAGAUGAAUUGUGUUGGUCUGUUUGAUUGUUUUUCUUUCUGUACCUGAUCUAGAAUGAAUAUAUGGAUUUCAAUGAAAAUUGAUUCUGUUGCUGAUGUUAAUUCACUGUGGGUUUUAUACGAAAUUGAAAGUAUGGAUUUGAUUUCAAA